UCGCAUAGCUUGUGUCAGGUAAGAUUAGAAGGAAUUCCUCAUGGUGACAGCAGAGCAAGACUCAUGUCCAUGAGGCUGACUCUCCAUAGAGUAGGACCCAUGCUCUCAAAGUUCAUCUCCUGCCAUCAUCCUCCUAGAGCCUUCAGCUCAGUCACACAUCCCCUUACGGUUCCUCCAGAAUGCCAGAUUUGGAGCAUUUGGUACUCAUUUCCCUUUCAUUGCUUCUGCUAAAUAUAUGCUUUGCCCCCUCAUGUCUUCAUUUUUCCUGCACCUUAGCUAUCUGUUCCUUGACAACCUUGAACACCCAGUAUAAAAUCAUCUAGUCUGAACCCACUCUACUCCCUUGCAUUACGUUGCUUUCCUCGGUACACUUCUCACUAGAAAGGAGACUGUGAACCCCAUGGUGAAGUGAUUUUUGUCCACAUUCGUAUUAUAUUGUCUUUACCUAGGCUAGACACAUAAAAGUUGCUCAGUAAAUAUUUAUUGAACAAAUGACUAAAGUAAAAAGAAAACUCUUUUUACUUUGUAUGUCCUGGGUUAUUUGUUGUAGGUAUCAUUUCCCAAGUUGUGUUACUUCUCUUCUGAGUUUCUUCCUAACAUUCACCCCUUUUGUAUGGGGUUUUGGAUUGAGUUUGGCUUUGAGUUCAGGAUGUUGUUAUUGGGCAGCCGGAAAACCAAAACUUACCUCCUGAGACUGUUGGUCAAUCAUUCCAGAAACAGCAGACAGUUCUUAGGAUUUCUGCAUACUGUUUCAAGAAUCCUUGGGACUUGCAAAGAACAAUUUUAGCCUCCCUGAGGUGAAUUGCUAUUCCUCAGCAUUCUGUCAACAUUUUAAAAAUUUAAUUCGCUUCCCCCUCUACCCCCCAGGCUUAUGGUGAGGGAUCUGCUGCUGACUGUAGAUGUCAUGUCCAAAAGUUAAAUCUCCUGCAGGGACAGAGUUCAGAGAUGUCACUCAGGUCUCUAGAAGAACCUGGAAGAGCUGAUGAUGAGGAAAAUGCAGCUCCUCAGGCUAAGCAUGCCAGCCUGCAGGAAAAACCCCAACCCUCAGAGAACCGCUGGCUGAAGUAUCUGGAAAGGGACACCAAAGAACCGGAACCGGAAGAAGUGUGUUUCAGCAAACGGUCCUCAUCCGAGACAGAGAAUCCAGACCUCCCCUUCAAUAAAGACCUGCCUAGAAAAAGGAAAUGGAACCAGAGCACAGUCCAGCCUCCACACAGCCCUAAUAUCCAUAAGUCAAGCAAAUCUGAAGUCACCUGGGACCCGCAGAAGGGCCACACUAUCCUGGCAGAGGUCCAAAAAGGAAGCAGUUAUGAAGCCUGGGACACCACGGGACAACCACCAUGUCCUGCCCAGCAGAUCAAGACGACAUCUAAGUGGAGACAAUUUCUCCUGUCACCUGAAAACAUUUCACGUGUGCACACCGAGCCCCCAGCACCCCAGCAGAGAGCACUCAGACUAGCUGAGCAAGGGGCCUCCAGACCCUAUAAUCUCAGUGAAGGGGCCCUCAGAGGCUCUCCCAGUACAUUCCAGCUCCUGCAAACCACAUAUACCCCUAUAUCUAGGUCUAAGAGGGCCGGUGGGAAAACCCCAGAGCAGUCACAGGACAGAGGCCAUUGGGCAAAGGGUGGACCCGUGACCAAAAGGCUACAGGAGCUCCCCCUUACACGAUUGUGUGACCUCUUUAAAACUGGUGAGGACUUUGAUGACAAUCUGUGAACAGAGACUAGAGUAGUAUAUUAAUUUGGACAUAUUUGUUAUAAAGUCAGUCUCUCUUAAUAAAGACAUUUUUAAUGUAAGCACUUGUCCAUUACACACCCAAGUCCCUGGAAACACCCUUCCCCAAGUUGCUUUAAGUAGGACUGGAGGACAAUUGAUGGUAACUACCAAAAACUGACAAUAAACAGGACUACCACAUAAUCGCGAGUUACAACACCUUUGAUUAAAGUGCUUAUACCAUUUAAUUAGAUCAUUUACAAAUAUAGUAACAGAAUGGCUACAAAGGGAUUUUCUUAAUUUCAAAACAGACACCUGGAAGAGAACUGCAGUGGUAACAGGCAGCAGUGAGCGAGCGCCAACAUCAGCUCCCCUUCUCGGCCCUUCAACCCAUAGAUGAAGCCUGGGCUUUCUCACCUCCAGCACUGUGCAGGACCGUCUCAUCCUGCCCAACAGAAUACUGCUGGUGCUCUGCCUAAACCUGGAGCAGAAAUCAAACUACUUGUCAGUCUACUAUUAGUUACUUUUUUAAAAAGCAGAAGGCCAUUAGGCAAGAUACAGUGUGCAGUGCUGGUGUAAUCUGUCAGGAAGAGCAAGAAUAUGAUGUGGUGUGGUGUUAGCCUCUCCUAGCACAGUCUCUCUGCCUUGGGGAACCUUGGGGCUUCAGGGGCCCAGCUGUGUGGAGCCAAAGCACCCAAGGAAAACUGACCAUGUUUCUUAGACAUCACAACACCACCUCUGUCUCUGUUCCUCUUACACACACACACACACACACAAUGUAUUGGGAGCUCCCUCAUGUCACUUACUCUAGCCCUAAAUGGCUUCAUGCAUCCCCACCCCCCAGAUUCUGGAA